GUCCAUUUAAUUGCCAGUAUAUAUCGAGUACUGUAAAUGCUAGUGGGAACUGAGACCAUUCAUGUGUUGUGUAUUGUCUCUACUCUGUCCUACAUUAGUCUCAACACUAGACGGCUCAUAUCCAAAUAAACAAAAGUUUUCUUUGGUUACACAGAACUGGGGUAAGUUUCUUUACAUUUAAUAUUGAACCUAAGGUGUAACUUUCGUUAUCUGACGUGUCUUUUGUAACAUAUUGUAACAAUCUUGAGUGCUCUCAGCACUAUUCACUUUUGUAACAUAUUGUAAUAAUCUUGAGUGCUUUGAGCACUAUCCACUUUUGUAAGAUUAUUCUAACAAUUUUGAGUGCUCUCAGCAAUAUCUACUUUUGUAAGAUUAUUGUUACAUUCUGAGUGCUCUGAGAAAUAUCUACUUUUGUGAGAUAAUUGAGUGUUCUCAAGCAAUAUCUACUUUUGACCUAUGGAAUGACGAUUUCCUAAAGAUAAAGUUUUUAUUAUCCUAGCCAGAUACAGAUCACAUUCUCAUAACAUUCAUUUCACCACCAUAAUCGUACCUAGUGAUCACACUCAUCCAUUUCUUAAACCAUCACAAUGUUGCUACUGAUGUAUUCACCAAAGAACCAAAUUAAAAAUAAUCAAUAAUCAUUAUAAUCACAAACUAACAACAAAAAAUCGUUUCAGAUGUACUGUCUAUAACAGGGGUAAAAAAAUAAAUCACUGUUAAGAAGAUAAGAAAGUCUAUUUGACCAUUUCAGUUUAAAGACAGUUUAAAGACAGCUGAAGACAGACGUAGGUAAAAUGUACUGGAUGCCUUUGCUUCUCACGGUGGCUGGAACUGUCACUGUCACUUAUGUGAGUUUGUUAAUAAAUUGAAGUCUCAUGUGUGGUGUUUGUAAAUAGAAUACUGGUGUUGUGGCUUCCACUUCUUCAUAACACCGAUUUAAAAGAAGAAAUAACACAAGUGUCAUACCUUUGAUUUUUAACAUGUUACUUGAGGAUUAUAAUUGGUUGUGUGAUUUUAAUAACUACAGACAAGAUAUCUUCACAUUUACAUAAACUGUGUUAUAAACAUAAACUUUUUUAAUAUAAAAAAACUUUUUUGAUACAUAAACUUUUUAAUAAACAUAAUUUUUUUUUUAUAAACUUGACAUUCGCUGACUCCAGGCAGCUGUAGGGGCCACAUGCUCAUACAACGACCAAUGCUGUCAAGGGGAAUGUUGCCAGAUCCUGAGUGAGUACAUGAUCAUGAGCAAGAAAAGACAACUUGAUUGGAUGACCAUGACACCACCGUACCCAACAAGAGGCAAGUGGAUAAAGUUCUAUAACUUGCAGAUGAAGCUCUAUGACUUUUAGAUGAAUCUCUAUAACUUUUAGAUGAAUCUGUAAGACUUUUAGAUGAAUCUCUAAGACUUUUAGAUGAAUCUCUAAAAAUUGUAGAUGAAUCUCUAUAACUUUUUAAUGAAUAUCUAUAUCUUUUAGAUGAAUCUCUAUAACAUUUGGAACAACAUCUAUAACUUUUCGAUGAAGAUAUAUUUAUGAACGGUGAAGAUGCUUGGCUGGGCUUAGCAUUCAACUACAAGUCCAUUGUUGGAUGUGCCUAGCUUUCAACUACAAGUCCAUUGUUGGAUGUGCCUAGCUUUCAACUACAAGUCCAUUGUUGGAUGGGCUCAGCUAUCAACUACAAGUCCAUUGUUGAAUGUGCCUAGCUUUCAACUACAAGUCCAUUGUUGGAUGUGCCUAGCAUUCAACUACAAGUCCAUUGUUGAAUGGGCUCAGCUAUCAACUACAAGUCCAUUGUUGGAUGGGCUCAGCUUUCAAUUACCAGUGCAUUGUUGGAUGAGCUUAGCUUUCAACUACAAGUCCUUUAUUGGAUGGGCUUUGAUUUUAUAUUUAUAACUUUAAUCAUUAAUUGUUAAACUCAUUAAUAUGAAUAGGAUUUCCCUUUCAAGAUAUUUUAUUUGUUAAAAUAAAAAAAAAAUUAAUGAAAAGUUCCUCUUCCUUUUAUUUCCUUUAAUUUUUUCAUUAGCCAUAUUUGUGUUAAUUUGGAUACCAUUGCUGUGGAAAGACAUUUCAUUUUAGUCUUACGCCAAUUCUUAACAUUUGUGCCGGAGUUGAUCUUAGUAUGUAAACACAGGCUUUGACCAGCUUCACCAUCCAUUCGCUGACAGGUCCACUGACCUACUUUAUCCAUUUACUGACAUGUACCCUGACCUACUUCAUUUAUUUACCUACAGGUACGCUUGGAAGUUGUCAAAGAUACCAGCUUGAAGGAAGUUCUUGUAAUCCAUUAGACAAGAUCAACGGCUACUGCAGUUGUGAGCCUGGGACUCGGUGUAUGGAGCAUGAGUUCCCUAUCACCUCCACCACCGAGCCGACCACAGAAGGACCAACGUCCACUACCCAACGCCUGGCCAAACGUACCUUCGGCAGACCUGGUUAUAUCUGGUUCGCCAAGUGUGAGAAAUUACCAUCGGAUGAUGAAGAUUAUUAUCAGAAUUAAAGUAAAUUCGUGAAAAAUAAUUUA